UCGGAGUCAGCAGAGAUGGCGGUUCAGUUUCAGAAGAAGGUGGAGAUUUUUGAGACGGAUGAGGAAGUGGGUCUGGCGCAGUACACCGCCGACCUGUCGGCCAAGUUUGUGAGGGAGAUGGGAGCUUUCACAGUCGUUUUGUCCGGCGGCACUCUCAUUGACACGCUCAUGAAAUUAGCGGAACCGCCGUAUAAGAAUACGGUGUAAUGGGGGAAAUGGCAUGUGUUCUGGGUGGAUGAAAGAGUGAUGAAAAAGACUCACCCCAACAGUAACUAUAAACUUGGUUUUGAUGGUUUCCUCUCUAAGGUGCCGAUUCCCCCUGGCUAGAUUUAUGCCAUUAACGAUGCACUUCCGGCUGAGGGAGCUGCAGAAGAUUACGAAGCCCGUGUUAAACAUUUGGUUCAGCGCAAUGUGAUUGCCACUUCAAAAGCUACUGGAUUUCCAAGGUUUGAUCUCAUGCUUCUCGGCAUGGGUCCAUGUGGACGUCUUGCUUCUCUGUUCCCUGCUCACCCGCUUUGCAAGGAGAAGACGAAAUGGGUGACUUACAUUAAGGACUCGCCAAAGCCACCUCCACAGAGGAUUACUUUUACCUUCCCAGUGAUCAACUCUGCUGCAUAUAAUGCAAUGGUGGUGACGAGUGACGAUCUAGCGGAUGCCGUGCAAAUAGCACUUGGAAAUAGUUUGCCUCCUUACACUUUGCCUGCUCACUUGCUUGCAGCUGAAGAGGAGGUAAUUUGGUUCCUAGAUUCGAAGCUGUAG